GAUCAAUGUCUAGUGGUCUGAUAUCGAUCACUUGAGAAUUAUCUUGAUCAGAAAGAUGUGUGCUUUGUAAACGAUAAUAUAUACAUAUCUAUUGUUGGACCUUGUUGACUCGGUAUUUAGUAUAGAAUAAUCCGAUUGGUCAAUGCGUACUGCUUUAUCGACGAUUUUCCUCGCAACUCUUGUGAUAUAUAAAAAUUGAGCCUAUAAAGUUUUUUGCUAAUUAAUAGCUCAUGAUUUCAUAAUGAAGUUGUUUUUUAUCGUAUUAACUUAUGUUAUAAGUGAUUGUGUCGCAACCACGCAUUUAUCUUCAGGGGAUCUACAAAGCCUCUUUUUCAAAGCUGGCAAAAAUGAAUUAAAUGAAACGGAGAAAAGUUACAUUCAAGAUUUAGCGCAGAUUUUAUAUUUGCCGCAAAAAGAUUUGGCGGCCGAUGAUAGAAGCUUAGAACCUAGAUCGACGUUGAACUGUUUAGUAUGUCGGAGCGCGUUUGGUGCGUUAUUUGACCUGGUAAAUGCAGCAGUAUCCGAUGAUGAUAUUGUCGACUCAAUAACGGAUAUUUGCAUCAAUUUGUCAAUUGUAUCUCCUAAAGUUUGUCGCGGUGCUGUAGAAUUAAACGUGCCCAUCUUUACGUAUAUCAUAAGAAAUACACCAGAAGCAGAAGCUCGCACGUUCUGUGCUUUCGCUCUACAGACAAAUACUAAGUCCAAUAAUUGCAACUACAAUGAUGAGAGAUACAAUUGGCAAGUUGAAUUGCCGCCUCCUAGUAGAGUACCUGUCGCUCCAAGGACUGAUACUAAACCUCUCACCGUCGCUAUCAUAUCAGAUGCUCACAUUGACCCAUUAUACGAGCCUUUCGGAGUCGCCGAUUGCUCUGAACCAACAUGCUGCAGGGUUGGACAAACGCCUAGCACACAUACCUUCACUUACAACUCAGAAACAGAUGACCCUAUAGUACUAAACAGUACUUCUGAAGUGAAUGGACAAAUCGUCCUUGAUAUAGAUGCUGGAAAAAAGUUAAAACUGAUGAGAAGCAAGAUGAGCAGAAAUACGCGUAACUCCGCCCCUGCUGGCUACUGGGGUGAUUAUAGAAAUUGUGAUUCACCCAUUUGGGCUUAUGAUGAUGUUAUUGAUAGAAUACAUUCGACGCAUAAGGAUAUAGACGUCAUCUAUUAUUUAGGCGACACGAUUGAUCAUCACAUUUGGGAAACAACAUACGAUUUAAUAAACGACGUGAACCUUUACCUCGUGGAAAAAAUUAGAAAAACUUUUGGCGACCAUAUUCCAGUUUUAGCUACUAUUGGCAAUCACGAAUCUCAACCUACUAACCAAUUCGCACCAGAGAGAGUAACUGGUGAAAAACUGAACACCACGUGGUUAUAUGAAGGUUUGGCUAAAAAAUGGGGAUUGUAUUUGACUGACGAGGCAAAGGAAACAAUGCGUAGACGAGGGGAGUUCUCUAUGGUUGUCCGACCGGGUCUAAGGGUCAUUUCAAUCAACACUAAUGUCGCCUACAAAAAUAAUUGGUGGUUAGUAUUCGAUCCCCUGGACGCUAAGAAUCACCUAGACUGGCUUGUAGGAGAGCUGUACAAGGCGGAACAAAAUGGCGAAAAAGUGCACAUCUUGAGUCAUAUUCCACCCGGCGUACAUGAUUUAACUCAUACUUGGACCCGCGAGUACAAUCGUAUUGUUAAUAGAUUCAAAUCAACGAUAGCAGCAGAAUUCAACGGGCACCUACAUUCAGACGAGUUCAGAUUGUUCUACGACGAAGCCAACAGCCCCGUGGCGGUUGCUUGGGGCGGUGGUAGCGCUACCACCUACUCGAAUUAUAAUCUGAAUUAUAAGAUUGCUACUUUUGGACCAGAAAAUUUCGAACCAUUGAGUAUCGACAAUUACAUUUACAACUUAACUGAAGCCAACCUUACUCCAGGUAGAAGACCGCACUGGUUCCAGCUUUACGAUCUGAAGAACACAUUUGGUAUCCAAGACCUUUCGCCCACGGCUCUAAAUGAUUUGGUACAUUCCAUGGUCACAGAUAAAAAAUCGUUAUUAGACAUCUAUAACGCGUUUUACUCAAAACUUAGCGAUACAAGAUGGCCGCAUUGCAAUGAUUACUGUAAAAUUGAUAAUCUGUGCAAAGUUGUUGUUACUGUAUUGUUCAAAAGAGAGAGGUGUGAGGAAUUAAGAAGGUUAUUCUUCGCAUAAGCAUUAAAAUAAAAGCAUUGUUUUAAA